AUGGGAUAUGUGAGUAGCAUCAAGAAAAAGGCCCAACAAUCCUUUAAUAAAGCGAGCCAGAAAGUCAGAGAGGCCUAUUCCAGUUUCAUGAGUAAUCCGUCAGGUGCCAAUAAACAGAAGUGGGUGACUGAACGUCAAGCUUUUGAGAGCUGUGUUAGAGAAAAGGAGUCCCUGAAACAGUCAGAAAUGGAAACAAGGCUAUAUAAAUACGGUAAUAAAUCUGGGAGGCUCUUAGCAAAUCUAGCUAAAGGGAUGAGAAAUCCUCAAUAUAUAGCGUGUUUAAAGGACGCAGAGGGUAACUUGAGUCAUGAUCCUGCAGUAAUCAGUAAUAUAGUAGGUUCCUAUUACGAGGCCCUAUAUAAAGAUGAGGCAACAUGUGACUUGUCAGACACUAUUUUAAAUAGGGUUAAAUUACCAAACUUAUCUCAGGAACAGCUCCUUUCUUUGAAUGCUGACAUCUCUUUACAGGAGCUACAAGAAGCCAUUAAACAUUUAGGAAACUCGAAAGCCCUAGGACCAGAUGUAGUCUCAGAGGAAUUCUUCAAGGCUCUCCUAAAUCAAGUUUCUCCUGUUUUAAUGGAAUUGUUUAAUGGGGUUUUUCAGGGCCAUAUGUCAUUAGAGAACGAGAAUAUGUCUUAUAUUAAACUACUCCCCAAGCCAGGGAAGGACCUCUUGGCACCGGGCUCAUAUAAGCCCAUCUCGCUAAUAAGUGUCGACGUGAAACUGAUGGCCAAGAUUGUAGCAGAUCGCUUGGGCUCAUUUUUGCCCCAGUUAAUAGGACGAGAACAGGAUUUACCCGUGGAGAUAGUUCUUGGCAUGCCUUGGCUCCAGGUUCAUAACGCAGUCAUCAACUGGUCCACGGGUGAAUUAGAGAAAUGGGUGUUAGAAUGUGAUUCAUGCUGUCUACCUAUCAUUCAGUCUCCUGAUACUCCAAAAGAACCUAUUUUGCCGGCAGGUAUCAUUGUGGCUGCAGUCUCUUCCGAUUUGACAACCGAGAUUACUGCAGUACAACACUUGGCUCCAGUACAAUCCCCUAAAGAUAAGUUUGUCCCUGGUCAUUUACGUCUACGACUGUUAGGUGAGACUUUCAGUCUCGAGUCGCAGGCUCUGCCAGUAAAUGGGGUCCUGGACCGGUCAGUGGAGCUGAAGUGCGGAGACAUUGAUGCGUCCUUUGUCUUUAUCUGGACCUUUAUUAUCCUCGGGACGGACAUUGCAAUUCCCAUUGCUCGCAAGGAUAACGUCUAUGAAGAAGCAUCCGCUCUGGGAAUCGUGAAACUGUCCGGCAGCUCUCUUGUCAUAGACAAGCUUCAGCUAAGGGCUGCAGGACGGUACACAUGUAUGGCCUUCAGAGAAGGGACGUACAUAACAGCACCCACAGUAUACAUUGACCUGACUGUUCUAGUGCCGGUUUCAAAUCCCAGUCCACACAUUGACAACCAAACACCUGUAGAAGGAUCAAAAGUCCUGUUGUCAUGCACAGUUUCAGUUGGGACUCAACCUAUAACCUUCAUCUGGCAGAGGAACACCAGAGCGGAUGGGACAGUUACUGUACAUGAAGGCAAUGAAAGGGACUAUGUCCUGGACCCAGUCACACGGUCUCAUAUUGGCUGGUACACCUGCACAGUUAGAAAUAUGGUCAAUGAAGAGACCAGCGGGGCACUCUACCUGGAUGUUAUCUUUGGCCCCGAUGACCCAGAGAUCACCAUCAAGCCAUAUGCCAUCAGUGAGAAUGGCUUUGCUGCCAACGAGCUGGAAGAGGUCACUUUGAACUGUUCUGCUUCUUCUAAUCCUCCAUGCCAUUACAUCUGGUUUUAUAACAACUCUCAGAUGUCCACGGGUCAGAUGUACAUCAUUCCCAAGAUCUCCCGGAGCCAGACAGGGAUGUACACCUGCUUGGCACAAAACGCCCACCUCAACACACGUACCCAAAGCACCAUCAUCCUCACUGUCUAUUAUUUACCAGAGGGAUCUCCCACAUGCACAGCACGACCUCAUAAUAACUACAAGGAUGUGGCCCUCUGGUGCUCCUGGGCUGGAGGGCAUCCUCUGGCACAGCUUCGCUGGCUACAACCAAAUGAAGACUACAAAGUCAUUGUGUCAAACUCAAACGCGACCCUGAUAAAAAAUGGUGCACAGCUGCGGAAUGGAAGUACCUUCACCUGUACCAUCUCCCACCCAUCCCUCAAGAGAGACAUUGACUGUAGCACCACUGUGGUGAUGCCUCCAGGUGGUCCCAAUUGCUCGGCAGUAGCUACAAAGAUGAAUGAAUUCAUCAUGUUAACGUGUGAAUGGACAGGCGGGCUUCCCCUGAUCACCCUGCAAUGGAAUAGUAAUCAGAUUGGAGACAUAAAGGAAUCUUCCAACAUCUACGUUUUCAAACCCGACCGGACGUAUAACGGUAGAUUAUUCACCUGCACCGCACUUCACCCCAUGAUGCAGGAGCCCUCUGAGUGCCUCAUUCAGCUCGAUGCUCCAGUACUGGAUUCCCCGAAUCUUAUAACCUCUGUAUUAGAAGGACAUAAUGCUCAGUUAAUCUGUAACCUGAAACUGGCCACCCCCAUCUCAGAAAUCACCUGGUAUGACAACACCAACAAGGAAAUAAUAACAGAUUCCCAAAAGUAUGGCAUAUACAAGGAGAAUGGGCUGUCAAUCCUGACAGUGCGGGAGACAGAGUGGGACACUGAUAGCGGACUGUAUCGUUGCAUGGCCUCUAACGCUGUAGGAAACACCUCUCAAUUACUGAGGCUUCGUGUGAACAAAUAUCCUACGCCACCCAAUGUGACAAUCAGUAAACUAAUGUACAGCCGGCAGAGGACAGAGGUGGAUGUGGAGUGGAUGACGCAAGGAGCUGGGGACUUAACUGGCUUCAUUGUACAGCGACAAGCCAGCAUCCGAUCUGUCCCCAUUCCCAAGAGAUCUGUCCAGGCGGCUUCCUGGGACACAGUGGCCAGUGACAUUGAACCUGAAAUCCGUGGCCACAAACUUGGAGGAUUGGACCCAUCUAUAGUAUAUGCCUUUAGGAUACUGGCUGUGAACCAUAAAACAACAGGAUUUCCUUCUGAGGUGAAAACACCAGCUGACCCUCCAAAUACCGUCUACCCUGCUGCCAUUGGGGCUGGCUUUGCUGGUAUGUUAGUGGCAAGUGUGGCUUGUCUUCUAGUUUUCCAGUAUAUUGUCCGGAACCGUGAGAACAACCCACGACUACACGACUUGUUCUUCAGACCAGCACCAGCUGAGGCCCGAGAGAACAUCCGCAACCCAGAAGAUGCUGAAACAGCAGCAGAUGGUGACGAGACACCCGCCAGUUCUGGUGAGCCAGGUCCAGUGGUAGAAGCUCCCAUUGAAGUGUCAUGA